AAUGGCCAGGGUCAGGAAAAAGGCUCCUGAGGUGGGGAUGAGGGAGUAUGGGACCCGCUAUCCACCCACACCGUGGGCAUCUCCCAGUCAGGGCCCACGUCUUCAUCUUUGUGGUCCCAGAGCCCAGGUCUGAGCUUGCCGCGAUAGACCGAGGGUAGGAUGAAUGAAGGAAACCAGGAAGACGCGUUCAUCUCCUAGUACCCAUGUGUCGCAGGUUGGUAUGUGGUCAAAGAACUGUAGGAUAUUACAAGAACCAAUGACCCCGUGGUCACACUGAUGGCUCUCUUCAGGGGCAGUCCUCCUUGCCCCCAGACCUGAUUCGCGGAAGAGCAAGAGUCUCAUGGCUCAAUGUCAUUUUCACUCCGUGCUGGUGACCGCUGCAUGGUCGGGCUCAAGCGCUGCCAGCCUCUUUUGGCUUAUCUGGUUGGGUCACAGCCCCGGCCGCCCAGCCCUCUGAGGGAGGUGGGAAAAAGCCCUGAUCAAAAAAAGAGAAGGGUCUGGGAUAAAAGCAGCAGCGGGAGGCUACAGAGCAGCUGCCAACCUGACCCGUGGAGGUAGGACGUGCAGAACUCACCCCAAACUCAGCGGAAGCGAACCUCGCGGGAAGCCAAGGGAGCGCCCUGCGCAGAGCUGCGCUGCAUAGCGCGAGCGUAGCCACGCGGGGCCACGAGGUCCGCCCCCCCUCCCCCCAGCUCCGACAGGCCGCUGAGUUCUGAGCCUCGAGCCCAACAGCAGUUGCUCACUCGGAUGCAGCGGGUCGGUAGCAGUCUCCCUAGCGGGAGCCAGUCGGCCUCCCGAUGUCCCAGCGUGGCCUUUACUGAACAGAACCAGGUGGCCACCCUACCAGUGCAGCGGCUCACGGAGGAUGUGGCAGCUGGGGAGGAUGGGUUCCAGAUGAAGCUGUAUGCCCAUGGCUUCACCCCUGAGGAGCUGUUGGUUCAGGUGAACAGCGGAUGCCUGGUGGUGACUGGCCAGCGACAACUGGAGGGCUGCAACCCGGAUGGGACCGGCUUCCGCGUGGCGCAGAAGGUGCACCAGCAAAUGUCACUCCCACCAGACCUGGAUCCCGCUGCUAUGACUUGCUGCCUGACCCCCUCCGGCCAGCUGUGUGUCCGUGGCCAGUGCCGGGGACUGCCUUCCUCUGAGGCUCAAACAGGACCCGCCUCGAGAUUCAGAAGCCGUGGCUCUAAGAAACUAGCCUGACCCAGUAAACAACCACCGUAGUGAGCAACAGUUUCAGUGUCCAUGGUCUU